CAGUCUGGAAGGAUGUACUACUUGAAUAGGAAAACAUUGAGGAAGAGCUGGAUCAGACCCAAGGAGCAAAAGCUAGACUUGGAGCUCAACAUCUCGACCCUUCCAAGCUCAGAAGAGAAGGCCGGCACUACAACUCCAGAGGAACCAAAAAAGCACAACAAUUCAGGUGGCAACAUGGUUGCAAUCGUGUGCAUAAACUGUCAUCUCCUCGUCAUGAUCUGCAAGUCAUCUCCGUCGUGCCCGAAUUGCAAGUACGUGCAUGCAUGGCUGCCGACAACACACCAAUUACCGCCUCGCAAGAUGGAGUCUGCCAAGCCUUUGGAAACCCUAAGCCUUCUCCACUAGCUAAGCUAUCAAGCAUAUUAAUGUACGUAGAGAACCCAAGUAGGGACUUAACGUUUAGGGACCCUGAUAAUAAGAUCAGGUCCUGUGUAAAAGAAGGUGUAUUAAUAAUAUGAUAGAGCUAGUGGGACACAUGUGGAUAAAAAAUUUCAGGCUAAGGACUUGCUGGUUGUUACAAGGUAUCAAUGAGAAAGAUUAAAAAGUAGAUAUGGAAAGUCCUGCACAAUAAAA